AUGGAGGAAAUCGGAAGGUCAUGCCCUAGAGGCCAUUGGAGACCUGCCGAAGAUGAAAAGCUUCGCCAGCUUGUACAACAGUAUGGUCCUCAGAACUGGAACACAAUUGCUGAGAAGCUUCAAGGGAGAUCAGGAAAGAGUUGCAGAUUGAGAUGGUUUAAUCAACUUGAUCCUCGAAUAAACCGAGGACCAUUUACCCAAGAAGAAGAAGAAAGGCUUUUGGCAGCUCAUCGGUUACAAGGUAACAAAUGGGCCCUCAUCUCAAGGUUAUUUCCGGGUCGAACCGACAAUGCCGUCAAGAAUCAUUGGCAUGUUAUUAUGGCACGAAAGCAACGGGAAAAAUCCAAGCUUUUUGACAGCGGUUUUCACCAACGGCCCUUGAGCUCUGAUGAAGAUUCUAGCUCGAAUUAUUUUAUGAAAUACGAAAAUGGAGGUAAGGAAAAGAUUACUUCAUGGAGUUGUAUGAUACCGUCAACCAUGUCAGCAGCCGAAAGAUCAUCUUCAAUAGAGUUUAUUGGAAAAGAAGAAGGUAAAGGUUGCUUUAAUUCUAGAAUGUAUCACCAUAGCAAUUCAGAGGUUUCAAAUAGUUCACCAGACCAUUCGUUUUUCCGUAAUUAUGUUGGAGUAUAUAGAGUCGCUAGUGACUGUCAAGCUCGCAAGAAGGCCACAUUUUUAAGUCCCUUCGGAAGUUGUUGCCGUAACUUGCAGUCGCUGGUCAAAAUCCGAGACACCAUCCAGCAAGAAAGAGAAAAUGAUGAAACCAUAGAUCACAAGGACAUACCCUUCAUAGAUUUUCUUGGUGUGGGAAUUUCUUCUUGA